AUGACUUCAAGCAUCGCAGCAGAGCAACAUAAAAUCAAGGGCAACGACUACUUCAAAGCCAAGGCUUUCGACAAUGCUAUCCAGGAGUACUCCACAGCCAUCGUCAAGGAUCCAAAAGUAGCCAUCUACUACUGUAACCGAGCAAACUGCUAUCUGAAGCUCGAGAGAUUCACCAGUGUAAUAACUGAUUGUGAGCGUGUUGUUGAGUUGGAUCCAAAAUCAGGUUAG